AUACGUCAAAAUAGUCUAGAGCAACUAUAAUCACGUGGUUUAUUUGACCUUUACCCUAUCUUAGGAUGUCAAAAUGGCGGCUCGCUUGCAUAGCGUGUUAAGACUGGGGUCGACUGUUUCGUCUGGUGUCUUAUUCAACAUCUUUCGUGCAGAACAGCUUCCUUUCCAGACUUGGCAUAAGAGUUUGCAUCUUGUUAAGCCCAUUUCAAGCUUAUUUUGCACAUCAGCUGACAAAAGUCCUUUUGACAAUACUGAGCGUUACAAGGAGAAGCCCUGGGAAUACUUUGAAAGUGAAGAAUAUACAGAAAAAUAUGGUAACCGUCCAAUUUGGGCUGAUUAUCGGAGAAACCAUAAGGGUGGAAUCCCACCCCAGAAGACACGUAAAACUUGUAUUAGAGGAAAUAAAAUCAGUGGCAACCCCUGUCCUGUAUGCAGAGAUCCAAAGAUAAUUGUGGACUACAGAAAUAUCAAGCUUUUAGAUCAGUUUAUCAGCAGUCACACAGGAGUAGUACAUGAUACAACCAAAACUGGAUUAUGCAGAAAACAGCAGAAAUCCUUAGUAAAAGAAAUUGAGAAAGCCAGAGGUCAUGGUCUAAUUCCCUAUCAAGUUCCUUUUGUGGAAUUCAGGAUUGAAAACUAUACCAAUCUGCAUAGUGCCGUCAACAAAACUCCAAGUGCACCUGGAGUGAAUGAGAGCACGUCGUGGUACUUUUGGUAUGACUGGAAUGAACCACCUGAGAAAGAAAUUGCAAAGCUGCAUAAAAUCUACCAUAAAUACGUAAAGGAUACGUCCAACUAGUGUACUCCUGUUGAAACAUUGAUGAUUUCAUGGGGCAAACUGUGCAGCCACUAAAAUACGGUUUUGAAUCCGUAAAUUUUAAAGGACAAUUUAAAAGAAAUGUUCUUUUUGGAUGCAUAUGUUAUGGUUUUUCUCAUUUGUACAUAAAUGCAAAUAUAGCACCAGUUUAUCUUGGCUAUUUUUUUUUUUUUGCAUAUGAUGUAAUUUUCUUUGCAUUUUGCUGUUCCAGCAAAGUUUGUGUGGUAGUUUUUCACACAAAGUCAACUUUGAAUUUGCUGAAUUUGAUUUUCUUUCGUAUUUGAGAUACUUGAAUUUUAUUUACUGCACAUUCAGAAAAUAUUCAGACCCCUUCACUUUUUGUACAUUUUAUGUACCACAUAUGCUAAAAUCAUUUAAAUUCCGCCAUCAAGCAGCAAUCAGUUCCUCAGCCAGGGAAAACAGAAUAUUAGAAUUUUUUCAAGUUUUUUUUUUUUUUUUUUUUUUUUUAAGCAGUCAAAAAAAUUGUGUAUUCAGUCUCUGUACUCAAUACAUAGUUGAAGCAUCUUGAAGCAGCAAUUACAGCCUGGAGUCUUCUUCGGUAUGACACGACAAGCUUUGCACCCCUGGAUUUGGUGAUUUUCUUCCAUUCUUCUCUGCAGAAUAUCAAGUUAUCUCAGGUUAGAUAGAAGCUGUCGGGGGACAACUACAUUCAGGUACCUCCAGAGAUAUUUCAUUUUGUUCAUGGCCAGAGCCUGGCUGUGCAACUGAAGAACAUUCCCAGAGUUGUUUCUUGGCCGCUCCUGUGUUGUCUUUACUUUGUGCCUAGGGUCAGUUUCCUGUUGGAAAGGGUCCUUUCGGAUGGAGUUCCGGAGUGCUUUGAGGCAGGUUUUCAUUAAGUCUAACUCUUUGCUCUGUUCAGCUUUCCCUCAACCCUGACUUGUCUCCCAGUCUUAGUGACUGAAAACUACACAGCAUGAUGCAAUGACAGAGAAUGGUGGGAUUGUUCAGGUGAUGGCUAGUGCCUGGGUUUCUCCAGACAUUUCAGUCAGAAUUGUGGCAAAACAGUUCAAUAUUUGUUUCAUUAGACCAGAUAAUGUUGUUUUUCACAGUGUGAAAAGUCUGUCUGUUUAUAUACCCUUUUUUGCAAACUCCGAGUGGGCUUUCAUACUGUAGGUCUUUUACUAAAGUGAAGAUUCUGCCAUGCCACUCUACCAUAAAGCCCAGAUUGCUCAGGGUGUUGCAGUGUUGGUUGUUCUUCUGGUUCUAUGGAGGUCAGCCAGAAUGGCCACUGGGUUCUUGAUCACCUCUCUUACCAAUGCCUUUCUCCAUGGAUUGCUCAGUUUGGCUGGUUUGCCAGAUCUAGAAAGAGUUGUAGCUGUUCGAAACGUAUUCAAGUUAAGUAUUGAGGCCACUGUGCUUUUGGAAAUUCUUGUGUCCUUCCACAUACUUGGGCUUCAACAUAAUUUUGUCUCUAAACUCUGCAGGCAUUGGUUUUUGCUCGAAUACACAUUGCCAACUGUAAGAACCUUGCAUAGACAGAUGUCUGCAUUUCGUAUUUGCAAUCAGUUGAAUACUGUUGCGAAUGUGAUGCUUGUUUUUUUUAAUUUCAAUAAGUUUGCUGAAAUUUAUGAAAUCCAGUUUUUGUUUUGUCAUUGUGGGGUACAGAGUGUUUUUUGAUUGGGGGGGGAAAUAAUUUUUAAAAAAAAAUGCAUAAACGUGAAGGGAUCUGAAUAUUUCUGUACCUGCUUUUCCUACAAACCCAGUCUUUCAUCACAGACAUUUUUUAGUCAAGUCCAGUUUUACUUUGCUUCAGGGUCUGUCGUUCACUGUAAUUUACCGUUGCUGCUCAUUUUAAUGUUUCAACACAUCCAAUGUUAUUAAAGGAUUUGCCCAAAGGGUU